AUGGAUCAUCCUAUGGGCGAAAGUCCAUUUGAUGAUUCUAGAUAUUCUAUCGAUUCGAGAACGGGUUCGAAGAGAUUGUACAGUAACCGCAAUGCCCGACCGACAAUUCUGAGAGAUGAUGGUGAAGGUGGAACUCAUUUGGGUCCCCUUUUCGAUAACGAUGAAGAAUAUCCAGAGGAGAAGCGUCACCGCUCCGAAAAUUGGCCUCUACCGUCCGCACCUGCGCCUGUUCAACAGGUAGUCGCCCCUCCAUCUCGAGCUCCUUCACGCACUCGCAGUCGAACAAGCCGAAGAUCCACAGCAUCCCCUCAAACUGGCCGACUUAGUCUCCAUAGAGCUCGUCCCUCGAGAUUUAUGGAAGGUAGUAUGAAUGAUAAAGUCAGUCAACUUCCGCCAACACCAUACCUUUAUCAUGAAGAGGAGCUUCGCGAACGAUACAUUGAGGAUGAGCUUAUGGGAAACAAUGGCCACAAUACUCCAGGUAGGAAGAUGGCAAAGCCUCACGGAUUCAUGCAACAUUCAAACAUAUCCAUGGGCGCAGAAUCGUCACUUGCAGGUAUAUCCGAUACUUCUCGACAAUCGACUAUAUUCCGAUUCGGUAGUAAGAUUGCAGCUUCAAUCAAGCCAUCGAAUUGGAAGAUAUUUUCCAAGUCACAGAAAUUCCCAGAGGAGACGCCCCAACAAAGAGCUGUACGAGAGCGUCAGGAGAAGGCGGAAAAGAUGUAUCACGAGUUGAAGGCAAAUGGUUUCUUUCGCGACGGUGCAAUUAUUCAGCAGCCAGGCUUCAAACCUGCCAGGCAUUCUAUGGACCAAGCACCACGAUUCAAGCAUGAUUCUGGAGUCGAGUUGAAUGAUAAAUAUCAUUCGAGAGAAAAUUCACCUACAGAGGAUAAGAAGCAGAGUAGACUUAACGUUCAUACUCAAGAGUUUUAUCAUGACAGUCCUGCCUCGAAGUUUUCUGCGCCGGUUGAUGCUUCAACCCCUCGACGUGUUUUCCAACGAAAGACGCCAUCGAUGUCGAACCUCAAAAACAUGACGAGCAGAGAGUGGAUUUCACGUCCUGCGUUGCCCGAAGAUUCUCAACCUGUGAGAAAGGUUCCCUCAAGAAAGGAGUUUCAGAAACAGCAAAAGCUAGUCAAGCGUGUUAGUGAUUUGGAGAGCAAGCUUGACAAUGCCCGCCGUGAAUUAUCGGACAUUUUCGCAGAGCCACUUGCUGAUGAGCAGAUAUACCAACCCCCUGAUUAUCAACGACCACAAUCUUACCAGCAUUCAUACCAGUCAUCAUAUCAGCAGUCACACCAGCUACAGCCAUCACAUCCGCCACCUCCUCCACCUGGUCGAUAUGGUAGAGCACGCUUUGUACCUGGUGCUUUGGCGACCCUUCCCUCUGAGCGACUCUUGAGCGGCUACGUUGAUCCUGAAGAGAACUUCAACGGCAAUGAAGAUUUUCACAAUAUCGGAAAAGCUAUUACUACGCAAGAUAGCAUGGAUCAUACUUCGACUGGACCAACUGAUUUGUUCAAGACGAACCAAAUUCGAACUGUACAAGCAAUCCAGCAUUCCACUACGGUUCCUGAGGAAGGAUCGGAAUAUGUGCUAUCUAGCAUUGAGUCAGAAGAUAGCGAAAUGACUGAUAGCCCCCAUUCUCAAUCGGUUAUUACAGGCGGAUCUGUCAAUGGUGCCAAGGCGAUUAUUGAAGUCACACCUACAACUUCUCGUAUCCCUUCACAGCAAGCCAGUAUUGAAGAGGAAAAAGCGUCGGCAGCGACAACCAAGCAACCUCGCACAAUGAAGAAGAAGAAGAGUGCCGAAAACGAUGGGACAUUUAGGCCUACACCUAAAUCCGAAUCUGAUUCCGAUUCGGCUCCAGAUUUUAAAGUCAGACCUCUGAAGAAGGUUAGGAGUAGCCGAAAUCGCAAAUUUAUCAACGAGAAGAGUCCCUAUACUGGGCCAUCUACUCCCGAAAGAAGAGUUGCUUCGGACAAUGCACGCAAAUCGGUAACCCGAUAUACUGCUCAGGGCCAAGAAACCGAAAGACCCAAAAGCAUACUUGUGAAGCUCAAGGUUCCCAAGGAAUCACCUCCCGCCAAAACCGAUGGUGCUGCCCUCAAAUAUAUCAAACCGAGUCAAUCAUUGACCCAACGAUUUCAAGCUGAAGAUGAUGUCGUUGACCAAGAAUCCAACCAUUACGGGGUUCCUCCUGUACCCAAGAUUCCACGACAUGUCCGACUCCCCAGUGGCGAAAUGUUCAACACAGAGAUUCCCAGACCGCAACAAACACAACCAGCUAAAUCUACACAAAAUACCAAGGAACCUGGGGACUGGCCCGACGAUCUCGAGAUCUUUUAA